AUGCACCAAAACGGCGUCGUAGUGCUAGAUAACGGCGGCGGCCUUAUCAAAGCCGGGCACGGCGGCGAGCGCGACCCGUCCGCCGUAAUCCCCAACUGCGUCUACCGCCCUCUCUCCUCCAAAAAAUGGGUCACCCCAUCCCCGACCGAGCCCAUGGACCUGACCUCCGCCGCCGUCCGCCGCCCCAUCGACCGCGGCUACCUAAUCAACCCUGACCUCCAGCGCGAGAUCUGGGCCCACCUCUUCACCCAAGUCCUCCGGGUCAACCCGGCCCAAUCCUCCCUCCUCCUAACCGAGCCCCUCUUCACUCUCCCCUCCAUCCAACGCGCCACCGACGAGCUCGUCUUCGAGGACUUCAACUUCGCCGCGCUUUACGUGGCCCACUCGCCCUCCCUGGCCCACCUCUACGAGGCCAGCCGCCGGCCCAUCACGGCCCAAUGCAGCCUCGUCGUCGAUUGCGGGUUCUCGUUCACGCACGCCGUCCCGGUGUUCCAGAACUUCCCGAUCAACUACGCCGCGAAGAGGAUUGACCUCGGCGGAAAGGCGUUGACUAAUUACCUCAAGGAGCUCGUUUCGUACCGGUCCGUGAAUGUUAUGGACGAAACGUUUCUUAUUGAUGAUGUGAAGGAGAAGCUCUGCUUCGUCUCCAUGAAUGUUCCUCGUGACCUACAGAUAGCCAAGUAAUGUGAGAAUGCUUUCAGGUGCACAUAUGUGUUGCCUGAUGGGGUUACGCAUACGCAAGGGUAUGUUAAAGACCCUGAAGAGGCAAAGAGGUACUUGGCCGUCGGAGACGGUGAUUCGGUUGAAGAAGUGGCCAAGAAGAUGGAUGUGGAUAGGGGUGAAGUUGCGGAUAAGUUGGAGGAGCGAAAGAAGAUUGAUUUGAGCAAGAAUGAAUUUGACUUGACAAAUGAAAGGUUCCUUGUGCCGGAGAUGAUUUUCCAUCCUGCUGAUUUGGGGAUGAAUCAGGCUGGACUAGCAGAAUGCAUUGUUCGAGCUGUCAGUUCAUGUCAUCCUCAUCUUCAACCUGUACUCUAUGAAAGCAUCAUUUUAACUGGCGGAAGCACAUUGUUUCCUCGACUUGCUGAUAGACUAGAGAGGGAGCUGCGGCCUCUUGUUCCUGAUGAGUAUCAAGUGAAGAUAACUCCCCAAGAAGACCCCAUACUAGGUGUUUGGCGAGGGGGGUCAAUUUUGGCAUCAAGUCCUGAUUUUGAAGCAAUGUGUGUCACCAAGGCUGAGUAUGAGGAGCUUGGAUCUGCUCGUUGUCGCAAGAGAUUCUUUUAA